CUCAGUCGGUCCCGUCCUCUUUGUCAGUCGUCCUCGGUCCCUCGUCGCGAGCUCCUCAAUUCGCGCACAAUCGCCUCGACCGCUUUCCUCUUCCCAACGCUACACCCUACCACCCCACCGUCCAUAUUACGCGGAGAAGUGAAGCCAGUAUAUAGGGUGUCGUAGGCGCGAUAAUAAUACACGGAAGACAGAGCUGUAGUUGUUAGGCCAGCAGUUUUCACGAUGCAGCUCGGGCAUCAGCUCGUCGAGCCAAACUCCGCUCGGAGGACUUUCGCCAGGACUAGCUUGAUGCACUGACGGCAGCAGCCAGUUUGUGCAGGAGGCGCUGGCGCUGGCGCGACGGAAGAGGAAGCGGCUGGAAGGUGGCUGCUGCAACCAUGGGAAAAGGCGAUAAGCGGCAGGCCGCCCAACGCAGCGAUGCGAGCACGAACCUCGUCGGCAAAUUCACCCAGAGCGUGCGCAGGAUCGUCCAGGACGUCAAGGACGAGGGCACCGCCAGCGGACAGACGAAGGAGGAGGUAAUCGAGACGAACGAGCGACUGAGGGCGGUGAGGAUUCGGCUGGACGGCAGUUACGAGACUGCCAAACGCGCCCUGGUCGAGCUCAUGCGCAAGUACACCGACAGCAAGCAGGUGCGCAACGUAUUCGAGCGCUACAGCCUACUCAAGCUCAUGAUCAAGGACGUGAUAAAACUGGAGACGCAGUACUGGACGCUGGUGGACAUACCGCGGCAGGAGAAGCAGGAGACGGUGCCGGCCUUUGUCCUGCGCGCCUGCACCAUCAUGGAGAAGAGCCACAAGAGCGGCGAGGGCGUGAAAACCUCCGCGCGACUCGCCGAGGAAGCCGAGAGCAAGCGCGAGCGCAUCGAGCGACUCGAGAACAUGACGACAGCCCAGAUCGAGGCGGAGAACACGCAGAUGACCAACGACCUCUACAGACUGCUCAAGAAGUACACCGGCCUGAGAAACCUCAUCCGGGACCUCAAGGAGGAAUACAACAGUUCCAAGGUCUACCCCAUAGUCCCCCGCUACACGAUGCUCAAGGACAUGAUCAAGGACAUAAUGCACAACCCGGACUACAUGGAGGUCUGCCACGAGGUCGACGCAUAACCGCGGCGAAGCAUCAUGCACUCCCUCAACCAGCGAGCCUCGCCGCGCGCCACCUAGCGUCGCGCCUAACUCGCUCACCUCUAUACGCAAUUGACACACACACACACACGCGCGCGCGUGCGCGCGCACAGUAUAUUAUUAUAUACCAAUUUCUGAUUUCGAUCGGAAUAGCCGCUUUCACGUCGAGACACAAAAAUAAAGGCGCAGCCUCCGAAUGCGGUGCGAGGCUCCGUAUCAGUAGUAGGCCGCGUAUAAAAUACUAUAAUACUUUUUUCCGGAUGAGCCGUGCAGUAUCGCACGAUUUCUCACACGCGAGUAUACUUCUAGUCAGCAGAGUUACGGAUUUUAGAGUAUCGUCGUAGGGUCAUAUCUUUGAUUCAAUAUAUCAUUAGUAUAUUUAUGAAUGUGCCAUUUUAUGCCAAAGUGCUCGGAUACUGCAGAGAGAGACGAGGUAUAUAUAUAGCAUACAUGUAGCAGUCAUUUCGCUUCGUAUUUUUAAUUCCCGAAUCGGUUUUUUAGUGGGAUGGGGAUAUACGCGGUGCCCGCGAGUUCCUACUAUUAAUACGGUCUUACGUAUAGAAUUAACAAAGAUUUAUCGUCACGGGACAUAUUCUCGCGCGGGUUAUGUAGUUCGUUAAGGCACUUAUGGAACACACGCUUUUCAGCUGACUUUGAUUCGCUCGAUAUAUUCUCGCGGGAGAUAUAUAUUCGGUUAUCAUUGCCGUGGAAAUUCUUCGUUAUACAAUAUGGAGAAAAGAGACGUGUGCCAUUUUUCACUGAUACGUGGUACCCGCCUUGGACACGGAACCAUAAUAUAUAAAUAUAUAAAUAUAUAUUUAUCAAUGUUGAGCGUCGUUUAAUACUUUUCAUAUAUCUAUAAGUAUAUACAUAUCGCAAAGUUUAUAAUAUAAAUCGCUAGUAUACGUAAUAUGUAUAUCGAAAGAGCCAGCAAAAUGAUACACAAGGUCAGCGACAGAGAUGGAAGGCUAUGGAAGCUACUAUACGAGUCCCCCGAGUGUAUUGGAAAGAAAAUUUUAAGCAAAAGCGCGCAUAUAUGCAACACUUCAUUUUUACUGCGAUGUAAAACGAGCAAUAAUCAGUAUUUAUAAGACACGUAUAUUUCAUAUAGCACUUGUAUCUUUUUUAUUCGCGCGUUCCAAACACACACACACACACACACAAAUAGCAGGAAAUAAUUACUAAAUUUCGAAUAGACUUCAUUUUUUAACAACGUGAUAUAACAGCCGCAUAUACGCAUUAUUAUAUACAUACACGAUGAGAUCGUUCGAAAAUUCAGUAACUAUUUGAUUCCGUGGCACGAAUACAAGGAAAUAGCGAGAGACAAUUUAUUGAUUAUAUAUUCUUGCGCAGAGAGCCUUUUUAAAACUGUGUGUGCAGAGCCGCAUAUACAAUAUAUCGAAGCGUUUUUAUGCCGUUUGCAGUAAUAUAAACUAUAUUUGAAGAAAAGAGGAUAUAUUAUAUUUCAAACCAAUUACUAAUCGCGAGCGUCGUACGCGAGAAGCGAAAAAUAAUACGAGAAUAUGAAAUGCGAUUAAUUGCAUCAGCGCAUUAUUUUGUACCGUCGUUUAUUUUUAUGAAAUUUUUAAAUCUGUUAUGACUAUUAAGCUGACAAGUGUGCACGUGGAAAUGAGCCUAUUUCGACGCAGACAAACAAAUAUUAUAUCGUACGUAUUAUAGCUUUUAAAUAUAUAUAUAUUAUAUAUAUAUAUAUAUAUAUAUAUAUAUAACUAAGGAAAAGAGACCGCGCGACUAUCGAUGCGAGCAAAACACAAGCCGAUCAGAGGAAGAAUAUACGUACAUCGGAUAUGUCGCGCUGCAGCAUCGCAGUAUAGAGAUUGUGUACAACUCCUCAACACGACCAAUUUAUACGGGAAAACCGGGACAGAAGGACGCGUCAUGGAUCACUUAUAUUGCGCAAGGCUGAUCCGAAAGAGCAUAUAUCGCUCGCGGUAAUUUAUUAUAUAGAUUCCUUCUCUCUGUCUCUAUUAUGCUUUCAUUGACUCUCCUUCUAUACCUCUAUAUUAUAUAUAGGACACUGCGGUGUAGAGAAAAUAAUUGACAUUUUAGAUUUACAAUUAUUAAAAAAGGUAAAGUUCAGUUAAUUCAUUGUAAGAAUUUUAACCAAGGACUCGGUGAGUCGCGCUAUGCAUAUAGUUAUGUACACAGACACGUAUCUUCUCUCUCUCUCUCUCUCUCUCUCUCACUCUCUUUCAUUAUAUUUAUGUAAUGUUAUGCCGAUCGAUCAGUAUUGGUCACUGCGCAUUGUUAACGUUUAGCAGUCGUACGUACACGUAGAGGAUAUAAAGCGAGGAAAUUAUUCUACCCGGUUUUUCUCACUAUAAACACUAUAUGAAUGUAAAGGAGAUUUAAUUAUAGUUAUAAUUAAUAAUAAUAAUCGACAUAUUAUGAUAUUUAAGUAUCACAAGGUAAAGUACCCAGUCAUGGAUCGCCGCAGCGCAGGUGAUCCGUCUCUAUUGGUGCCUCCUUCUUGUAACCACGUCGAAAAUUAAAAAAAAAAAUAAUUAAUUAAAUACAAACCUAUCGUAAUAGCAAAUUACUUGAUGCAAUGACCUUGAAUUGAAAAAAAAAAAAUAGUUGGUGUGCUCGCCUUUUUCAUGAAACUAGGAGAGUGCCAAAUAGAUUCGAAAGUUUAUAUUAGAAUUAUACGAUUAUAUAUUAUAUGAAGUAAUUAAAUAUAGAGCAUUUGACAUAUUGCGAGUUUAUGUGGAAAUAUAUUACGUAUGAGAAAAGUCGAAAAUGUUGUUAGUUUUGACGAAUUUGUGACUCGGCGCUGUGUAGCUGCUUCUGUUGUCGUUAUAGCGUUUGGUUAUAUAGCGAGUAUAUAUGAAAUUUGUUUGAAACACACGCACAGCCUUAAUUAUGAUAUUUGCGGUAUUCGGUUUAAACAAUUGUACAAUUUACAUAUAUUACAUCUGCACAACGUACCUCUUAAAGUUAUCUGUAACCCGCAAUGGAAUAGCAGCUGAUAUAACAUUCUAAAGAUUUUUAAAUAAUCGUGGAGUUAACUAUUAAGCUACGAUAAAAAAAAGAAAAAUAAGCCCGAUUGUCCGCUUACGACGCAAAGUAUGUUGAGUAAGAAGAAUUAUUAUACCUGCAGAUAAUUAGUGUCAUUCGUCACAUUGUGAUUCGAAUUUUCCGUUCGAGUAUACGCGAAAUUCAACAAUUUUUCUUUACACAUUCUGUAGUCGAAAAUUAACUAAAAAUGCUGAGCUUACAAGUCAAAGUUAUUACCAUAUAUCAUAGAAAUAAUAAGAAUAAAUGUCGUGUCUAAAGUGGAUAAGAUUUGACCAAUCUAUUUGUCUAAAUAAUAAAUGUAUAACCGAAAUUCGUACAUUAUUACAAUGACUACAUGUCGUCGCUCUUUACUCGACAUAUUCUAGUAGUAAUUCUCGAUUUUUUAAAUACACACACGCACACAACUCAAGUCACACAAAAGAUUUAUGAAUACAUAAGACAAAGUACCACAAGCUAAGAUAUCUACCAUCAAAUGUAUAUUUUACGGAAAAGUUUAUCUCUAUAUUAUAUCUAUAUACUACAUCUGCAACAGCUAUAUAUAUAUAUAUAUAUAUAUAUCACAAAAAGGGGGGGAGAUAACAUCGAUUCGUCUUCCCUUCCUUUUUCUGGGAGUUUCAAAUUUACAAUAAAUUUCGUGUACUUAUAUCGUAGUGGUGAAAAUUAGCAUAAAUAUAAAUAAUUUAUUAGCAGAUAUAUAUAUAUAUAUAUAUAUAUAUAUAUAUAUAUAUAUAUAUAUUUUAACGUUAAUAAAAUGUAUGAUCAGUUUCAUGCGUAAACUAUGUACUGUUACGAGGCAAUUCGUACAAGAUCUGCUAACUUGUUUUCAAACUCUCAAAACAAGCCAAUACUUGUUCCAAAAACAAUAAUAUCGAUAUUAUAUUCAGAAUCUUCGUAUAGUAUAAAAAUCUCAAUAAGACUAAUUGAACUGUAGCAAAUUUUACAAAAAUCUCUUUGUUAUAAUUAAACCAAAGCAAUAAAAACUGAUCUCAGGCCGUAAACGAGUACUGGAUCAUGUGAAGCACUGUAGCGGUAGAUUAAUCUUAUUAUUAGUCAUGCUACUAUUAUUACCAUAGAACAUGUGCUAGAUUUAGAUAAACUUUUAUUGUCAUUCACCGUGAAGGGAAGAAGAAGAAAAAUUAUAGCAUCUACGUCUGGGAUCUAAAUUAUUUUUCAUGAAAAAAUGAAUCAGAGGACAAACGCGCACUGCAGCGAGUCCCAAUGAAAAUUCAGCAAACGUUUUUAUGACAUUUUCCAUGAUGAAAAGUUAUUUUACAAAAGAUGAGCCGAAGUAUCAAAAAGAAAAAACUGAUGUGUAUCGAUGGCAAUAUAUAUUUUUAUUUGCCUGACCCGAAAAUGCAUGUUCCAUUGUCGUAAAUUAGCAUACGACGCGCCACAUAGAAAAAUAUCAACGACAAUGGGCAAUGCUUCCGGAAUAUAUUUAUGAAAUUCUUAUACAUAUAGGAGGUAUUGUUGUUUUUAAAUCGUUCAACAAAAAUUAAACUGCCAAAAGAUGUAUUUGUAACCACCGACAGAAGCUUUUAAAUUGAAAUCGUUUACGAGGAUGUAUGUAAAUUUUUUAAAAGUGUUAUACGUUUUUUAUGCUUCGUUACUGCUUCCAUUAAAAAUCAUGAUUUACGCCUAAUGUACAAUGAAUUCGAUGAUAUUUUGACGUUGAUUCCGCAUUGAAAAUGAUUUGUAUUAAGGAUCAAAAUUUAUUGUAUUUUUUGUAUACGAUCCACAAAUAAAACAUAUUACUAAAACAUCA